AAACUUCCUGUUCGAGCACAACAGAGUGAAAGCAAGAAGAGAAGGACGGACGAUCGAGUCCCUCAAAGCAAAGACACCGAGAAAAGCGUCUUGCUGGAGACAAUGUGCAUAAGCUGCAGAGAAUGGAGGAGCUGAUAGGAGACAGGAGAUUUGUUGAGGACGAGAGGAGCUUGAUAAAGACGCCAUAUGAUGUCCAGGCCAACAACCAAGAACAUGACUCGCCCACGUCCACACAUCAGAUCGGCUCAGUCCAGCACGGCUCUCCAUGUUUUGUCUACACCUUGGCUUUUUUCUCGGCUCUGGGUGGAUUCCUGUUUGGCUAUGACACAGGAGUGGUGUCUGGAGCCAUGCUCCUGCUCAAGAGGGAGAUGAACCUCAGCUCUCUGUGGCAGGAGCUGCUGGUGUCCAUCACUGUUGGUGCCGCGGCCGUUUCCUCUCUGGCUGGAGGGUAUCUCAACGGACUUUACGGCCGGAGAAUCUGCAUACUGCUCGCUAGCUUCAUCUUCUCUGCUGGAGGAAUCAUCCUGAGCGUCGCACACAACAAAGAGGUUCUUCUGUGUGGAAGGCUUACGGUUGGGCUCGGGAUAGGAAUUGCAUCUAUGACCGUGCCAGUCUACAUCGCUGAGGUUUCACCUUCUGAACUCCGAGGUCAGCUGGUCACCAUUAACACCCUGUUUAUCACCGGUGGCCAGUUCGUAGCUAGCGUGGUGGAUGGGGUCUUUAGCUACCUGCCCCAUGACGGCUGGAGGUAUAUGUUGGGUUUGUCAGUUGUUCCUGCUGCGCUGCAGUUCCUGGGGUUCCUCUUCCUCCCGGAGAGUCCUCGCUGGCUCCUGCAGAAAGGAGAUACCCAGAAUGCUCGGCUGGUGCUCAGUCGGAUCCGUGGCGGUGUAAAUGUGGAUGAAGAGUAUGAGCGCAUACGGAGCAGCAUUGAGGAGGAGAAGAUUGAUGCUGGAGAGGGUCCAGUGUUGUGGCGUAUCCUGACGUUCGCUCCAACACGGCGUGCUCUGAUCGUGGGUUGUGGCCUACAGAUGUUCCAGCAGCUCUCAGGAAUCAAUACGGUCAUGUACUACAGCGCCACCAUACUGCAGAUGUCUGGAGUACAGGAUGAUCAGAUGGCCAUCUGGCUGGCUGCUGCCACAGCCUUCACCAACUUCCUGUUUACUCUAGUAGGCGUGUGGCUCGUGGAUAGGGUGGGCCGCAGGAAGCUGACUCUGGGCAGUAUACUAGGUACUGCUGUAAGUCUGAUGGUUCUCGCUGCGGGUUUCCUGCUCUCGGCUCAGGCCUCUCCACCCGUGACCUUUCACCCCAAUGACCCCUCCCUCCACAACUCCACCUGCAUUACAUAUGGGCUCUGUGAAUCCUGCAUGUUGAAUCCAGAUUGUGGUUUCUGUUACGGGAAGAAUGGCACAGUCGUGAUUGAGUCCUCAUGUAUGCCUGUAGACGCGGCCAGCACUGAGGCAGCUGCAGCGGGCAGGUGUUCCAAUGGCACACAGGAGAGUUUAGGUGUAUUCUGGGCCUAUAACUACUGCCCAACAUCUUACUCCUGGAUUGUUCUGCUGGGUCUCAUUCUGUAUCUGGCCUUCUUUGCCCCAGGUAUGGGUCCUAUGCCGUGGACGGUGAACUCUGAGAUCUAUCCGCUGUGGGCUCGGAGCACAGGGAACGCAUGCUCUGCGGGGGUCAACUGGAUCUGUAACGUCCUUGUGUCUCUGACCUUCCUCCAUUUGGCCCAGUGCCUGACAUACUACGGUGCGUUCUUCCUGUACUCCAGUCUGGCUCUGCUGGGCUUUGUGUUUGUGGUGGGCUGUCUGCCGGAGACCAAGGGUCUGCGUCUGGAGGAGAUCGAGCCUUUGUUCGGGAGACAGCUGUGCAGCUGUGGAGCUGGCGGCAGUCAGAGCGUUCAUUACAUCCGGCCCCGUUUGGAGUUGGGAGCUCUGCACUGUGCGACUUUGGAACCAGAGAGCAGAAUUUCCUACAUAUCAGUGAGUAUCCACUGUCAGUGAGUUUCUUUUCCACACUGCAAAUAAGAUUACAUACUGCUUUAUCAUUUGUUUUUAUUUUUAUAAACUGGGGAACAAGUUAAAGGCAUG